AAAUACCGCAUCACCGAUAAUCAUGCGGUGCCGUAGAGCCAAACUAUAAUAUGUCACAAACAUGAUCCGAGAUGCGAAUCUUUUGCUUUCCAAUUAUCAGAGCAUUCCUUGAAAAACAAGUAUAUUAUUUCAAUUUAAGAGCAAAAGACUUACUUCCCAACCUACUUCUCACAUUUUAAACCUUUCAAUCAUCUUUUCAUCAUUUCCAUCAAAUUUCAGGUUAUGUCCACUCUUACAGUUUGACUAUACUCAGCUUAUGAAUUUUUUGGAUGUGAAAUUUUGAUUUUUCGUGAUUCCCCAUAACCUACAAAAAUCACAACAGCAAUCUUGAUAUCUAGCUGUAAUUUGUGAUACUUAUUGAAAUAAUUUACAUACAGUUUCUCAUUGUGAUAUAGUGAAAUGUGCUUUGAGUAAUAAUAUUUCAAAUGUUCAUCGCGCUCAAUGAAAUUCGUUUGUAAUGGCAUCUGCAUUUCGAAAAUUAGGAUUUAAGUAUGGAUUUUUGGAGAGGCUGUAGGUCUAAACCUACAUCCCAUUGCAAACCUACAUCGAAAGGUUUUCGACUCGGUGGCUAUGAAGGUAUAGCCUGUCAGAUUCAUCAAAUAAUUGAAAAUGAGGAUGGAGAAGGUAUCAAUUUGAAAUGUAAUUCCUACAAACAGAGCAAGCUUCAAAAAAUAUGCUUCUAUUUUGUAUGCAUCCUAUUUUUCGGUGUGCCACUCCUACUCUUCCGUUGGUAUCCACCUUUGGAAGUCUAUGUAUUUUGGCAAAAAUGUUUUCUCGAUGAUGCGGAAAUCGUUCUGAUCAAGGAAUCUGGUAUGAAAGCGGCAAAACGAAAGAUAUCUACGGUUAUGUUUGACGAUGAAGACCAACCAUUGAGAUUCUUUAGUUACAAGCUCCAGAAAUUUGUUUGGUGUCAUGUCAGCAGACAAUUCAAGCUGCUGAGGGGUUUGGCUGAUGGAGUUACAACUCUUUCCAACCUUAUUGCAGCACCUGAUGGAAUAUCUCAUCAGGAGAGGGAAAAAAGACUGAAAAUCUACGAUUCUAACGUUGUUCAUAUUAAAGUAGAACCGUUUUGGCAGUUAUGGCUUAAACAUGCAUUGUACCCUUUCAUUGUUUUCGAAGUACUGAGCGUCAUUCUCUGGAUUUUUGAUGAGUAUUCUGUAUACGCUGCAUUUGUUAUAAUUUACUCAAUUAUAGCAGUCACCCUGAGCUCCAAACAAGAGAGAACGAAAAAAUUGAGACUACACAAAAUGGUUUCUGCCUCCAAAAUGGCUUCAAAAAUCACUGUUCUUCACAAUAAAGAAGAAUACGAAUGCGACAUUGAUGAUUUGGUUCCUGGAGAUGUGAUAAAAAUUCCUCCAAGGGGAUUCCCAAUGCCUUGUGAUGCCAUAUUACUUUCCGGAUCGUGUAUUGUUACUGAAAGUGAAUUAACAGGUGAGAGUGCACCAGUAUUGAAAACUUCACCAGUCGUUUCUCCUGAUAGUAGAGAAAUCUACUCACCAUCUUCCGUCCAUAUGCGCCAUACCUUAUUCUGUGGUACACAAAUCAUUCAAACUCGAUACUAUGGAGACAAUGAGAUGAUGCUUUUUCAUCUCUCAGAGAAAUCAGGGCUAGUAUCUGAUAUACCUCAACCCGAAAACGUAACAGUAGCAACAUUUGCUGAUGACACAGCAGUUUUAUCAGUUGGUGAAACUGUUGAAGUCUCUACAGAGAAAUUGCAGGUGCCAGUCAACAGAAUCAAUGUUUGGACAAAACACUGGCUUAUAAAAUUGAAUGAAGCAAAAUCAGUUCAAGUCAACUUUACAAACAGAAGAGUUCAAUAUAUCCCCUUAAUGUAUCCACUCAAUGGGAAUAUUGUACCCUACUCCAACACUGCAAAGUAUCUAGGCAUGACGCUGGAUGCCAAGCUUAGAUGGAAGGAGCAUGUGAAGAAGAAAAGAGAACAACUUGGCAUAAAAUUCAAGAAAAUGUACUGGUUACUUGGGAGGACAUCAAAGUUGUCAAAUUAUAACAAAUUGCUUCUCUACAAGCAGAUUCUCAAGCCGGUGUGGACUUACGGAAUUCAACUCUGGGGCUGCAUCCGACCAUCCAAUAUCGACAUCAUCCAGCGCUUCCAGAACAAAGUACUCAGAAGUUGUGUAGACGCUCCUUGGUACAUCAGGAACUCUGAUCUCCACCGCGACCUGGGAGUGGCGACAGUCAUCAGUGAAAUCCAAAGAUUUGCAGAAAAACAUGAGAAAAGACUUCAUCAACAUGUGAACGUGGAAGCAAUCCAGCUGCUCAACGUGCAUGGAUCCAGUUUUGAAACGUUAUUCCUACGUACAAUGGACAUCGUGACAAUAACUGUUCCACCAACCUUGCCCGGAGCAAUGCUAGCUGUCUCUAUGCAUUCCCUUUCAAGAUUGAAAAAAUUUAAAAUAUUCUGUAGUUCUCAUCCACGAAUCGUAGUUGCUGGCAAAACUAAGCUCGUUUGCUUCGAUAAGACUGGUACACUGACUGAAGAAGGCUUGGAUUUAUGGGGUGUUCUUCAAUGCAAAGGUGUUGAGAAUCUAAGCGAAGAUGACGUUAUCAAAGAUGUCACCACUCUGGAAAAAACGUCAAAGCUUUUAGCCAGUUUAGCUACUUGUCAUUCACUUACAAUCAUUGAUGACAAAAUAUGUGGUGAUCCUCUCGACACCAGUAUGUUUAUUGCUACAAAAUGGGAACUUGAAGAAGCUGCUGAAGACACGCAUAAAUUUGAUUUGUUAUCCCCCACAGUGGUUCGACCCAAACGUGGCGUACAGGAAACUCCAUCGAAACCUUGCACCGACUACUGUGAUGAGACAUCUUUCUGUUACGAAGAAAUACCUUAUGAAAUUGGAAUCAUAAAAAAAUUCGCAUUUACAUCCACUACACAGAAUAUGACUGUCAUUUGUAGAAUUUUGGGUGCUCCAAAUAUGACCGCCUUCUCAAAAGGUGCUCCUGAGAAAAUUUUGGGCUUAUGCAAUCGAGAAUCUCUACCAGAAAAUAUUAUGGAAAUCCUGGAGCAUUAUACGUCAAGCGGUUUUCGAGUAAUCGCUCUCGCUUAUAAAGAACUACCAAGGAAAUUCAAUUGGAAAAAAGCACAGCGAACUAGUAGAGAAGAGAUCGAGACCGACAUGAAUCUGUUGGGAAUUAUGUUGAUGCAAAACUUUUUGAAAGAAAACUCUGGACCAGUAAUUAAAGAGCUCAAUGAAGCUGGUAUGAAGUGCAUCAUGGCAACAGGUGACAACAUAUUGACAGCUGUUAGUGUUAGUCAAGAAUGUGGCAUCCUUCCAAAGCAUUGUACUGUUGCUACACUUCAAUUCGAUGAUAAAAAGGAGAUUGUUCUUGAGUCUCUGAAAUCUACACAAUCAAAACGUCGACAAUUUGAUUUGGGCAACGAGUCUCUGUACCUUGCGAUUGAUGGAAAUAAUUGGUCUUUACUUAGAACUCAUUGUCCACAUUAUGUUGACAUUAUACUGCUGAAAUGUGUUGUAUUUGCCCGAAUGUCGCCUUUGCAUAAGACUCAAUUGAUAACUGCAUAUCAGUCGCUGGGAUACAUCGUUACAAUGUGUGGUGACGGCGCAAAUGAUUGUGGUGCACUGAAAGCAGCCCAUGUUGGCAUUUCGCUGACUAACGCGGAGGCGUCGAUCGCGGCUCCAUUCACGGUCAGCGAGCCAUCCAUCACUGGAGUGGUUCGAAUUAUAAAGGAAGGAAGAUGUGCUCUCGUUACCAGUUUCAUACUUUUCAAAUUCAUGGCUAUGUACAGUAUGGUACAAUUUUUCUCAGUCAUGAUUCUGUACAGUAGGGGAACUGAAAUGGGAACUAAUCAAUUUCUGUACAUUGAUUUGCCUGUAACAUGGAGUCUCGCUUUAGCUAUGGGGCACUUGGAACCCGCAGAGAAUCUCAGCCCAAAGCUGCCUAUAUCAAAGAUCUUAUCGGCCUCGAACAUUAUUCCGUUGGUACUCCAAGUUUUCACCGCGUUUUUCAUUCAAUGGCUUUCCUUGAACUCUCUAAAAACACAAGAAUGGUACACUCCAGUUACUCCAGCUGUUGCUGACGAAGAAAUAGUUCUCAGCUGGGAAAAUUCUGUUGUCUAUGGCGUCAGUUGCUUCCAGUAUGUUUUACUGGCAUUCGUCUAUUCGUACAACGACAGCCACCAAAAGUCGAUGAGCAAAAAUUGGACACUGUUGAUAUGUUUCUUCGUGAUGCUGGCUUUCAACAUUAGUCUUCUAGUCAUUCCAUGUAAGUUCUUAUCAGAGCUCUUUGAAAUGCAACCGUGGACUGAACAAGAUGCAUUCUUCCGUCUAGCAUUGUUGGGAUUUCCCGUAUUUCACCUUGCAAUCGCUCUUUUCAUUGAGGUUAACGUGACGUAUUGGAUCGAAAAUUCAUAUUUUGUGAAAAGAAAAAAUAUGUAUAGAUACCAGUACAUUGAUGCCAAACUCAAGUCGGGAACUCCCUGGCAAUUAAUCGAGGUAUGAUCUUGAGGAAUCAACAGGAAAACCUAGUUACCUUCUGGACUCACUCAAUAAAGUGCCUGAUGUAUUCAGAAUAAGUGCUCGUUGAAUAAUUAAUUAUAAGUUACAUUGUUAUUGUUAUUAUAGUAUGCCCGAUGUGGGGAGUUUUGGACACAUUAAGGAAUCUAGAAUAUAGAAUCGUCCAUAUGGAAGUUUAUAACUAGCGCACAGUUGACUGAGAGCACCUCAGUCAGGAAUAGAGAAUUUCGUAAACUGUUGACUUCAAGUGAAAUGUUUUGCUAUUCAACUUUUUGUACAUUCUUGGACCUGGUAUGAUAACCGGGCAUAUCCUCAGAUUUGUAUCGUAAUUUGGAAAAACAAGAAGUGAAUAACUUGGGCCUUGUCAGAACAAUAUUUGAUUAAGUACAUGUUUUAUGUAAAUACUCGUAAUUCUCAGUGACAUCAUCAAAUGGUCGGUGUGAUCAAUUUCAACUCUAUAGUUGCUUUUGUUUUGUCUAGACAUCAUAGUCUCUCCCCAAUGCAGGGUCCGCGUCUUCGUGUAUUCUAGCACUAAGCAAAGACUUUAGAUUAGUACUUUGGAAAUAAAAGUUCCUCUAUGUUUAAGGUGUGUUUUAAGAUUUCAAAUUGGCUGUUGUAGCUUUGUAUUGUGUUAUAGAAGAAGUUAUUUUGUUUUAUAUAAAUCGGAAACAAAUCGUCGAUAAAUAGAAAAAAUAAUACGCAUUUAGAAAAUGUUGAUAUUGUUUAUUUUGCUGGGUUUGUAUCAAAGAAAAAGGAUUACAUAAGAACACUUGAUAUUCUU